ACAUGCAGUGACUACCAUAAUGUUGUUACUUUUGUCAGUGACUAUCAUAAUGUUGUUACUUUUGUCAGUGACUAUCAUAAUGUUGUUAUUUUGUUACUUUUUGACUACCAUAAUAUUGUUACUUUUGUGAAUGACUAUCUUUAUGUUGUUACUUUUGUUGGUGACUAUCAUAAUGUUGUUAUUUUUGUGAAUGACUAUCUUUAUGUUGUUACUUUUGUCAGUGACUAUCAUAAUGUUGUUACUUUUGUCGGUGACUAUCAUAAUGUUGUUACUUUUGUCAGUGACUAUCAUAAUGUUGUUACUUUUGUCAGUGACUAUCAUAAUGUU